AUGACUGAAGGUGAAAGUGAAUCGGUCGAUUUGCGAGACUUUGAUGAUCCACAUCUGGCUGCCGCUCUGUUAAAAUCAUUCCUCCGGGAAUUGACCGAACCGCUGCUCACAUUUGAGCUGUACGAUGAGGUAUUGAGCACCUACAAUUUGCAAGGCCGAUCCAAAGUGUCUGCGAUCAAGGAGUUGGUUCUCACAAAACUGCCCGAUGAUAACUAUGAGAUCCUUUCUCAUUUAAUGCGUUUCCUAACGGAGGUGACGCUACACGCGAAUCAGAAUAAAAUGAACGCGGCCAAUCUGUCGGUGGUGUUCGGACCCAGUCUGAUCUGGUCACGUCAUCAGGCCUCACUCAGUGUGAUGAGUGUGAUCAACGCGUUCACCCAACUGUUGAUCACCCAUUACGAGACAAUCUUCAUUAAGUAG